AUGCGCAUGUUCAGCCAUCAAAAACCAACCCACAACAAAAUAAAUUACUCUCUCUCUCUCUCUCUCUAUCUAUCUAUCUAUCUAUCUCAGUACACUUUUUCUUUAUCUAUCUAUCUAUCUAUCUAUCUAUCUAUCCGAUACCUAUCUAUCUCAUCACUUUUCCUUUAUCUAUCUAUCUAUCUAUCUAUCUAUCUAUCUAUCUAUCUAUCUCAUCACCUUUUCCUUUAUUUAUCUAUCUAUCUAUCUAUCUAUCUAUCUAUCUAUCUAAUUCACAAUUUCCUUAUCUAUCUAUCUCAUUCCCCUUUUUCUUUAUUAUCUAAUUCACCAUUUCUUUAUCUAUCUAUCUAUCUAUCUAUCUAUCUCAUUCCCCUUUUUCUUUAUUUAUCUAUCUAUCUAUCUAAUACCCCUUUUUCUUUAUCUAUCUAUCUAUCUAUCUAUCCAUCUAUCUCAUUCACCUUUUUCUUUACCUAUCUGUCUAUAUCAUCUCCUUUUCCUUUAUCUAUUUGCCUAUCUAUCUCUCAUCACCUUUUCAUCUAUCUAUCUAUCUAUCUAUCUAUCUAUCUAUCUAUCUAUCUCAUCACCUUUUCCUUUAUCUAUCUAUCUAUCUAUCUAUCUAUCUAUCUAUCUAUCUAUCUAUCUAUCUAUAUAUCUAAUUCACCAUUUCCUUAUCUAUCUAUCUAUCUAUCUAUCUAUCUAUCUAUCUAUCUCAUUCCCCUUUUUCUUUAUCUAUCUAUCUAUAUAUCUAUCUAA